UUCGGAUAUUGCUCAUCGAUAUGCCGCUUGGCAAUCUUUGCCCGGCAUCGUGAUUCUUCUUCGCAGCUUCGAGACUAUACAAUGAUCACUGCACCCAUCACACGCAUUUAGAUGCAAAAAACCUCUAUCUUAUUCCCACAAUGUCUCAAACACUCGCGAGAAACCUCCCGAGCGUGCCCUUGGAUGAAUCAACAUCAACAUGGCCAACUCCGACAGCGGGAGAGUUUGUUCUCACAGACUUCCAAUUUGAUUCGGGAGAAGUUAUUCCCACGCUCAAGAUAUCUUACCAAACCAUCGGCACCUUGCGGACUUCACUGGAUGGAGAAAGGACCAACGCAAUCCUGAUAAUGCACGGCACAGGCGGGUCUAGCACCCAAUUCCUCAACGGUAGCUUCGCAGGCCAACUCUUCAACAAAAGCCAACUCCUCGACUCCGAAAAGUACUUCAUCAUCCUGCGCGACGGCAUCGGCCAUGGCCAAUCGAGCAAGCCCAGCAACAGUGGUCUCCAAGCCAGGUUCCCCCACUACCGUUAUGGGGACAUGGUCCGGGCCGACUAUCGACUGCUCACCGAACACCUAAGUAUCCAUUACUUGAGGCUGGUUAUGGGCACUUCGAUGGGAGGAAUGCAUACAUGGAUGUGGGGGGAGACGUACCCCGAAUCCAUGGAUGCCUUGAUGCCGCUUGCGUCGUUACCGAUCCAGAUUUCGGGGCGGAACCGCAUGUGA